AUGGAGCUUUUCCAGCACCGGCACCUGCGACGUCAGUCCACCGACGUGCUUGGCGCCGUCCACAACUCCAUCAUGCUCGAGCUUAUGCUCCAGAUCAUCUUCUUCAAUGUUCCGGCCACGGCACACUUGCAUGUCGACUGUGCUCAGCCACCAGCAAUAACUUGGCAGAGGAAAUUCGAUGAUGAAGGCAAGAAGGUUGCUAUGCUUAGCAUGACCACUAAUAUCUUCAUAGUUAUACCAUUGAUUUUUAAAAUGCUUCGAUUACACGUCGAAGGAAUCGCGAAAAACCAAGUUGUCGUCUAUGAUCCGCUCAGGAAAUGGAUGGACAACUGCUACCGCGGGGUACCCCUUGGCGGACUAGGGCUCGCCUUUUCGAUGCGCAAAAUGAUGAGGGAUAAAGCUCUGGUCAGGAGACUUUCUGCAUGCGACACAAUGGGUUCUGCAACAACAAGUUUUGAUUAUAUUGAUACCUAAUAAUAACAUGUGCUCAUUUUUGAAUUGAAACAAAAAGAGUCUCUCUAAUAAUAAAUGGGCUCUCUAAUAAUAAGUUCUAAGGAAAUAAAUAUAGAAGUUCAUAUUUCAAAACAAAUGAAGUAUUUUGGAAGUAGAAUAAACUAUUUCAAAGUACACAAAUUAUAUUUAGGUAUCUUUGUGCACUUCAACGUUACUGUACAUGAACUUGUUCUUUUUAUGUGAACUUGUACAUUUGCCCAUCCGUCAAACAGUUUGAGUUGCACUUUUUUGCCAUAUUUGAUCUAUCAUAUUUCUCUAGUUCCAUCUCGUUCGUGAGUUCUUUUGACCGAGAGCUAGUAAGAUCAAACAUGAAUUUACAUCAGUUCAAAAAAUAGAUUGUUGGGAAAUAAGAUUAAGACCAGAAACAAGAAAAUAUGUACAAAAAGAAAAUUAAAAACCGUUUCAUUUGGACCUAUAUAAGAAAACAAUUUGCUGAUCACUACGAAUUUAAAUAAAAACUUGGAAAAGUUUGAAAAAAUCACAUAGAAAGUUCGAACUCCAUAACCUGGCAAGUUCAUGGUAAAAACAAAAAAAGGCAGAAAAGGUACAAUUUAUUUUUCAGUGUACCUAUAAUGUCCAGUUUUUCUUUAAGCUCAAUUCCUAGAUUUCAUUCAGUUCAAUUCUUAUGUAGGUACUUGGUGCUGGCAUUGCUUCACUUCCCUUGUUAUGCUCUCUUCGCCCAAGUUCCGAGAAUCAAGAAAAUAGAUACUAGUGCUUGCAUGAAAAUGUACGAGCAAAAAAACCCCCACAAAGUCCUUUGCGUAGAAACAUCACCUCCACACCCCCUCCAUUCAUGCGCCGUACAUGCUUCUCCUGCCGCCGCGCCGCCUGGUUCCAACGAGGCUGCAUCACACUGGCCCCGGAUCCGCCCGCUUCCAAUGAGGUUGCGUCACCCGCCGGCGCACCUCUGCCUCGCCGUGGGUAGUGGAUGCUCCUCCGCAUCUCAACCUCCUGGUAGCGGGUAGUUCGAUGGUCCCUGUCGCGCUAUGAUCAGCGCUCCCUCGAGCUCCACAAGAAAUUCUUUCCGGCUGCGUCUGCACGUCUG